AUGGAAAGGAAAAGCAUAGUCUGGAACCUAGACUUUUGUAAUACAGAUGAUUCCAGCAUUUUCAAACCAGGCAUACUCCAUGGACCGAUGCUGAAUGGUACAUGCACUAUUAUCUUUUGCAACAAGCAAAACAAACUGGAGUGGUACUGUUAUUUUCUUAUUCUGGUUUGCCUUUUUACUUUAUCAGUGGGAUUGCUAGGCAAUACACUUGCACUAGGACAUUACACAUACUGCAUGAAGACAUGGACUACUAGUACUAUAUUUCUAUUUAAUUUGGCAUUGUGUGACCUUACUUGGAUUCUCAUGUCACCUUUUUCCGUAUAUUAUAGUCUCCAGAAGUUAGCUGUGCAUUCCAGUCAAACAUUUUAUCAGGUUAGAAAGCUAUUUUUCAACAUUAACAUCUAUGGAAGUGUCUACUUCCUGACACUCAUCAGCUUCGACCGAUAUGUGGGUGCUGUCCAUCCUAUCACUUCAUUAACAUGGUGGGACAAAGGCAAGGCAAUGUUUUGCACCAUUGCAGUAUGGAUCUUCAUUGUUGUUGAAUCGGUGCCUGAGAUCUACUACACAUUUGCCGCUGGAAGACACUAUGAUGGUAUCAUAUCCCUGGAUAACAUUGCAGGACCUUUACGUUUUGUCGUGCCACUCACGCUCUACAGGUUUUUAUUGAGAUUCCUAAUUCCAGGCACAGUCGUCUUUACAUGCUAUAUGUUGACUUUCAAAGCAUUAGUACAACUCAGUAAACGUCAGCAAAGAAAGAACAGAAUUGUUAGACCUCUGUUACUGAUUUCAGCUGCUAUGAUUGUAUUUGCUGUUUCUUUCAUGCCUUAUCAUGUUACGAUGUUGGUGAUACUAAUUUACAGAAUAAAUUGCCAACUACACUGUGGCAAUGUAAGCACAAUAUUUGCCAUUUAUAAAGUCACAGAGAUCAUCUGCAGCAUUAAUAGUUGCCUUGACCCAAUCAUUUUUAUGGUAGCAAAUAAGGCAUUCUAUCAAAGACUGAAAACUAUAAAAUGUCAUCCCAAAUGCCAGUGCCGCUGCUGUCUGACACAAAGGGUAAGGGACAUCAGUCCGACCCCAAGAACAGUGACUUAA